UUCUCCUCUUCUAUUGAAUCUCAGAGUUAGCCGUGACGCGCGGCCCAGGGGAAGACCACAUAGAUCUCACCAGAAUGCAACGACUAUCGAGCUUUCUCGCCCGAAGACUUCUGUAUGGGAAUCACUUUGCGCACCUCCCUUUUUGAGAGAAACUUGCUUUUUUUAAGAGACACGGGGAAUGCGGUGAAAGCGGUGGAGACCUCCGGAUCGCGAAAUGUUGGGAUGGAAGGCGCAGACUUUGACUCGCCGUCUCCAACAGGAGUAUGAAGUCCUACUUCACGGUUGUGAGAUCUCCGAGAGGGAAACUUUGUUGCCUUGGGAUAUCGCUACACGCUCUCGGGGAAAUACUAUAAAGUGGGAAACAGUCUCGCAGUCCCCGCAACAUGGCCUCGGCUGCUAAUGCGCCCUCCGAGCAGGAAAACAGAGACCCCGAUCGGCCCAGGAUAAGGCGGAGGAACAGGGGGGACUAUACCCGCAACACACCGCUGGAUUUGGAGUAUUUGCAGCGGCCAAGUUACUGCGAUGCGAGCUUUGCUUUGGAGCAAAUAACCCAGGGGAAGGCGACUGGGAGGAAAGCACCUCUAUGGCUGAGAGCGAAGUUCCAGAGACUUUUAUUCAGGCUGGGCUGUUACAUACAAAAGAACUGCGGAAAGUUUUUGGUUGUGGGCCUCAUGAUUUUUGGAGCUUUUGCUGUGGGCUUAAGGGCAGCUAAUUUGGAGACGGACGUGGAGAAACUUUGGGUUGAAGUUGGUGGGCGUGUGAACCGGGAACUGACAUACACGCGACAGAAUAUAGGCGAAGAGGCCAUGUUUAACCCUCAGCUGAUGAUCCAGACACCGCGGGAGGACGGAGCAAAUGUUUUAACGGUGGACGCGCUCCUACAGCACCUGGAGUCAGCUCUCCGAGCCAGCAGAGUUCAUGUUUACCUUUAUAACAGACAAUGGAAAUUAGAAAACUUGUGCUACAAAUCAGGAGAACUAGUCACAGAAAGUCAUUUGGACCAGAUCAUAGAAAAGCUACACCCCUGCCUCAUCAUCACCCCUUUGGACUGUUUCUGGGAGGGAGCCAAGCUCCAGUCUGGAAUGGUCUAUCUACCAGGUAAAGACCCUCUUCAGUGGACCAACUUUGACCCAAAGGAGUUCCUUGAGGAUUUGCGAAAGGCUAAUUUCCCAGUGGAUGGUUUUGAGGAGAUGUUGGAAAAGGCAGAUGUUGGACACGGCUACAUGGAUAGGCCCUGUUUAAACCCUGCUGACCCCGACUGCCCCCUCACUGCGCCCAAUAAGAACUCAACCAAGCCAUUCGAUGUGGCGAGGGCUCUGAGUGGAGGCUGCCAUGGUCUAUCCAGGAAGUACAUGCACUGGCAGGAGGAGCUGAUCGUAGGAGGGACCACCAAGAACGGCAGCGGACCCCUGCUCAGUGCCCAAGCCCUACAGACCAUGUUCCAGCUGAUGACUCCCAAGCAGAUGUUUGAGCACUUUCGUGGCUAUGAGGAGGUUUCCCACAUCAACUGGAAUGAAGAAAAGGCUGCAGCUAUACUGGAAGCCUGGCAGAGGAAAUACUCUGAGGCGGUGCUGCAGAGUGUUGCAGCAAAUUCGUCUCAGAAGGUCUUGUCUUUCACCUCCACCACUCUUGAAGAUAUUCUCAAGUCUUUCUCGGACAUCAGCGUCAUCCGUGUGGCCAGUGGAUAUCUGCUUAUGCUGGCCUAUGCGUGCCUUACCAUGCUACGGUGGGACUGUGCCAAGUCUCAGGGGGCUGUUGGGCUGGCGGGGGUCUUGCUGGUGACACUAUCAGUGGCAGCUGGCCUGGGCCUCUGUUCUCUCCUGGGCAUUUCCUUCAAUGCUGCCACCACACAGGUGCUACCGUUCCUGGCUCUCGGUGUUGGAGUGGACGAUGUUUUCCUCCUCGCUCAUGCCUUCAGUGAGACCGGACAGAACAAGAGGAUCCCAUUCGAGGAUCGUACAGGGGAGUGUCUGAAGAGGACAGGGGCCAGCGUGGCUCUCACCUCCAUCAGCAACGUCACCGCUUUCUUCAUGGCAGCCCUCAUCCCCAUCCCAGCGCUCAGAGCCUUCUCUCUACAGGCUGCGGUGGUGGUAGUGUUUAACUUUGCCAUGGUGCUGCUCAUCUUCCCCGCCAUCCUCAGCAUGGACCUCUACCGACGAGAAGACAGACGUUUCGACAUAUUCUGCUGCUUUUACAGUCCCUCUGCCAAUCGGGUGAUUCAGAUCGAGCCUCAUGCACACCUCGAUGGGGCAGAUGAAAGCCACUACAGCCCUCCCCCAUCCUAUUGUACACCUCCUCCCUCGUAUCACACGCCUCCCCCAAACUACAGCAGCCCCCCUCCCUCCUACAGCAGCCAUGGCUUUGCCCAGCAGACGCAAAUCACCAUGCAGUCCACGGUGCAGCUCAGGACAGAGUACGACCCCCGGACCCAGGCCUUCUACACCACGGCUGAGCCAAGUUCGCAAAUCUCUGUGCAGCCCAUGAACGCAGCUCCAACGAGGAGUAACCCUAACAACGACUAUUACAGCAGCAACCCCAGCGGUAGCAGCAGCAGCAGCACCCACGGCAAUCUCAACAACAACAACAACAACAACAGUGGGAGCCGAGGCAAUGGGGGGUCUCGAGGUUCUGCCCCCUUCUCCCAUCAUCAUACUGCACCUCCUUCUGCUGCCACGACUCCAACUGCUAGCGCAGCUCCUCAGGGCGAUGCACCCUCGUCAUCUGGCCAGGGCCCGGAGAACAACAGCUCCACACGGGACCUGUUGUCCCAGCACGGAGAACGCUCUCUGGGCCUGCGCUGCCUCGACCCCCCCUGCUCCCGCUGGACCCUGGCCUCUUUUGCUGAGAGACACUAUGCUCCAUUCCUUCUACAACCAACCACCAAGGUGGUUGUGAUUGUGCUGUUCCUCUGCCUGCUGGUAGUCAGUCUGUACGGGACCACCCAGGUGAAGGAUGGCCUGGAGUUGACAGACAUUGUGCCGAGAGAGACCAGCGAGUAUGACUUCAUCGGUGCCCAGUUCAAGUUCUUCUCCUUCUACAACAUGUAUGUGGUGACACAGCAGGCGGAAUACCCCAAGAAGCAGCGUCUGCUGCACCAGCUCCACCAGAGGUUCCACACUGUUCGCUACGUGCUGAAGGAGGACAACGGAGAGCUGCCUCACAUGUGGCUUCACUAUUUCAGGGAAUGGCUUCAAGGACUCCAGCAGGCGUUUGAUAGGGACUGGGAGGCCGGGCGCAUCACCCAAAACAACUACAGGAAUGGCUCUGAUGAUGGCGUCCUGGCGUACAAGCUGUUGGUGCAGACAGGACGCAGGGAAAAGCCCAUUAACUUCAACCUGCUGACUCGUCACAGGCUUGUAGAUGCAGAUGGGAUCAUCAACCCCGGGGCAUUCUACAUCUACCUUACUGCUUGGGUCAGCAAUGAUCCUGUGGCAUACGCCGCCUCGCAGGCCAACAUUCGCCCACACCCUCCAGAGUGGCUGCGUGACCGGACCGACAUCAUGCCCGAGACACGCCUCAGCAUCCCAGCUGCUGAGCCCAUCGAAUAUGCACAGUUUCCCUUCUACCUCAACGGGCUUCGGGAGACUCCACAGUUUGUGGAGGCCAUUGAGAGCGUGCGGGCUAUCUGCAGCAACUUCAGUCGACAGGGCCUACCCUCCUACCCCAACGGCUACCCUUUCCUGUUCUGGGAACAGUAUGUUAGUCUGCGCCACUGGCUCCUGCUGUGCAUCAGUGUCGUGCUCGCCUGUACCUUCCUCGUCUGUGCCCUCUUCCUGCUCAACCCGUGGACCGCCGGCAUCAUAGUGUUGGUGCUUUCUCUUAUGACUGUGGAGCUGUUUGGCUUCAUGGGGCUGAUGGGAAUCAAGCUGAGUGCUGUCCCUGUUGUCAUUCUCAUCGCCUCUGUGGGCAUUGGAGUGGAGUUCACCGUCCAUGUGGCUCUGGCUUUCCUGACAGCCAUAGGGGAUCGUCACAAGCGGGCCGUGCUGGCUCUGGAGCACAUGUUUGCUCCGGUGCUCGACGGAGCCUUUUCUACCUUAUUAGGUGUCCUGUUGCUUGCGGGCUCUGAGUUCGACUUUAUUGUCAGGUAUUUCUUCGCAGUGUUGGCCAUUCUCACAGUUCUUGGAGUACUGAAUGGAUUGGUCCUUCUUCCAGUAUUACUGUCAUACUUUGGGCCCUAUCCAGAGGUGACCCCAAUCGAUGGUCGUAGUCAGUUACCCACCCCAUCACCUGAGACACCUCCUCACGUGGUCCACUUCUCGGUCCGUCCUCACAACACCACCAUAGCCACGCCCACCUCUGGUGCAGCUUCAGACUCGUCGGACUCGGAGUACAGCUCUAACACCACAGUGUCUGGUAUAAGCCAGGAGCUGCAGAACUACAACCUGCCCUCCCACAGGGGACACACUCGAGCAGAGGAGCAGCAGUACCACCUCCAGAUCAGCAGGGGCAGAGCAGCCAGGACAGAGGAGCACAGGAGAUCAGGGAACAGGCGCACAGCCAGGCAGCCUGACCCUCCUGGCUAUAAUGUGUCUUUGUCCUCUCAGGGUUGUAAUUCUGGGCCCCAGCCAGCGGCUCCUCAGCGUAACAGCAGCAGGGACCCCAAGAGCCAGCCGCACCGGCAGGCCCCGCCCCCAGCCCGCCCGCGCAUGGACGCUUUUGAAACUGCUACUGAGGCUGGGGGCCAUCAUGGCUCACAUGGUCAUAGAGAACACUCAGCAGGCCACAGGGCCCGCUCUUCCCACAACCCACAACCUAAUCACCACCUCCCGCACCAUCACCCAAACCCUACCCCUUAUUGUCAACCCAUCACCACGGUAACAGCAUCAGCCUCCGUCACUGUUGCUGUUCACCCAGCCCCCUUGUCCAACCAGGGCCCCCCAGCUUCCUCUUACCCAGGAUACACAACAACAGACAGUUACUGCCAAUCAGGAGAUCAGGGGACAGAGCCUGUCUUCCAGGACCCUCAUGUGCCACUGGACACUCACACAGGGGCUAGGGGGGCCUACAUGGAGUCCAUGGAGCUUCAAGAUUUGGAGUUUGAGGCAGCUGAGAGCAACAAUGGCAGACGGACAAGCUGAGUUAUGGAGAACGCAAGUACAACGGCCAAAGAUGGACUCCUCCCUAUUACCUAGCAGCUGACUCGGUCUGGCGCAGGAAAGCCCAGUCCGAAACUCGCCAGUGUUGCCGUCAUGGUGCUCAUUCUUACUGUAACCCAGUGGACUAUUUUCUUAGAUAUUUCUAUCUAUAUUUAAAAGUUGUAUACAUAUGUAAAUAUGAACAGAAAGUAGCUAUAAUUUUAGGAGCUGUACAACUCCUCAUGUUAACAGACUGGGGCUGCCAUUUUAUAUGGUUUGUGAGUGUGUUUGUGUAAAUGUGUACGUGUGUAUGAGAGUUAGUGAUAGAUAUCUUAUUACUGCUCACUCAUCUGUGGAUCUGUGCCAUUAGGAAGCUUCAUCUAGACAAAAAUACCUGUCAGCAUUCACUGUUGCUGCUCAAAAUAUUUUUUUAAAUAAUAUACAUGUAUAACUCUAUGCAAAUGUCUCUUUAAACAAAAGAAGUUGUGUGUGUGUGUGUGUGUGUGUGUGUGUGUGUGUGUGUGUGUGUGUGUGUGUGUGUGUGUGUGUGUGUGUGUGUGUGUGUGUGUGUGUGUGUGUGUGUGUGUGUGUGUGUGUGUGUGUGUGUGUGUGUGUGUGUGUGUGUGUGUGUGUGUGUGUGUGUGUGUGUGUGUGUGUGUGUGUGUGUGUGUGUGUGUGUGUGUGGUGUGUGUGUGUGUGUGUGUGUGUGUGUGUGUGUGUGUGUUGUGAAACUGCUCCAUUAUCUUCUGGCUUAUAAAUCAGACACAUCCUCAGAACAGGCUAACAUUUACACUCAUUUUAAUGAGGGAAAUUGUUAGAAUUAUCAAACAGGGCUAUGGUAUAUAUGUGUGUGUGUGUUUAUGUGUGUGUGCGGUUAUUGUAUAAAGGUACGCAUGUUAAACUAUUAAUUUUUUAUCACAAACCUGUGGUAGUUAUGAAACAAUUACUGUUUAACUUGACACGCUAUGCGUGCUAUUUAAGACGAGCAGAUAUGAAGACAUUUAAAAAGCUGUUUUUUGGUUUUGUUCUGUUCUUUUAGUCAUUGCCUCUGCAUUGGAACCUGUUUCUGCUCUCAGCUUUGUAUCACUGUCUGUGAGGUUGCUCUCUGGUUGUGUCUUACUGUACGAGGCUAUAUAUUGUUUAACCCUAGCAGGCUCAAAACUGUUUCUGUCUUGUACAAGCAGUAAACCCACCUCAAAGACUCACUCUCCCAUUACAGGGACCUUCACAUUACUGAUUCUGGAACAGGGUCAACACAGGGCUCUAACUCUGUGUCAAGUGGAUAAGCUAAAGCUCUGACUGUAUACUGUACAACCUGAUUCAACAUGGCACUUGACUGCACUCAAACUUCAUUCACAGCAAUAUCUUGCUUCAAGUAUCUUUCUUUUUUACUAUCCAACCAAUAAGCUAGCCCACACAGCCUGCUACGGGAUAAGCCUUAUAUGGCCUGACUAUGUGGUCUAUGUGUGUCUCAAUGUAUACAUGUCUAAAUAAUUUAUGUGCGUGUGUGUGUUGGUACAUCCUCUCAGUCUGCCUCAGCUCUCCUUUAUUGACAGUAGAAACAACUGGCCCUAAUUUGGCAUCAGCCGUCCCCACUGACCUCAGCUAAUAAAAUUCCACAACAUAAUGUCAUGACACUAAUUGGACGUCCCCCCACAACUGCCAAAUGGCACAGCCCAGAGCCUCACGGGUCAAAGUUGACACUGCCAGCCCCCCCCCCCCCUCCCCAGCAAUGACCAGUUUAUAUCUGCAGGGCCAUGUCAGCGUGCAUAUUUGCCUGCGCCUCCCCCCCAAAACCCUCCCUCAGUUCCAGACCCAGGCCCCUUUGACCCAGUCACUCACCCCAACCACACCUCAGUUUUCUUCCACUUUUUUACACUCUUACUUCCUGUUGAACAUGUGUAGCUCUCCCCAGAAGUCUUUGCAGUUUUCUGUCCAUGUUAUGUCAGCUGCUUGCAUGAAAUAGGUUGUUCUGUUUGUUUGUUUUUUGUUUUCUCCCAAUGUCACAUUGGCAGUAGUGGAGAGAAUCAUAGCUGGCAACUAUUUUAUUCAUUUUUUUAUGUUUUUUGUUUGUUUUUGUUCUCAACAUUCAAAUGCGAUAUUUAUAUUUUUGUAAUAUAAAAUAUGUUGUUUUUUCUUUCAUUAUUGUCUUGAAGCCAGUGGAUAACAAAUGCAGGGAUUUUUUUUUUUAUUAUUAUUGAUAAAACACUAUUACAGUUUAAUGUUUUUACAUUAAUGGAGUUUGAUCUGUAUAAAGUGCUUACUAAUGUUAAAUAGGAAAAAAAGAGUAUAUAACAUUUUACACUACAGGUCUCAUCAUAGCUCUUAGAGGAUUUUAAAAGGAAAACAAAAUCAGUGGUUCUUCCAGACUGCCAUUUUGGUCUCGGUUGGCGUGGAUGUAAGCUGUUUUCAGUUACAAAGAUAAAUGUAUGCCAUAUAAUUUAUUUAUAUGAAAAUUUAUUUUUGUAGUGUACAUAGUAGUUGUCAAGGUAUUUGACAGAAGUAUAUUUUUAAAGAGUUUAUAUGUAAUGAUAUACCAUAACAGAAAAAAACCUUAAGGUGCACACUUUCACUGCUAACUGUCUUGUGAGACGACAUUGACACCUCCCCUUCAGUAUUAUGUUCCGAUCCUAGGAGAGAGACAGCUGUUUCUAUGGGUUUGUCAAAGGCUAGCCAUGAAAGUAGACAAUUGUACUAGCUCUCUAAAUAUUAAUGUUCAAACACUGAUAGAAUUCUAACAAAUAAAAAUAUUAUAACUUA